ACAGGCGCGACUGUUCACUUCCGCCUCUUCGUACAAUUGUGUGUGUGUGAGAACGAUGCUUCACUUCAAUACACAUGUUUAUUAUGUAAGAAAGACAGUUUGAUGCUUUAUAGUUGAAACUAAGGGUAACGUUUCCUUCAGACUUCCUACAUUUAAAUCUGUAUCUCACCGAAGAAAUAUCCGAAAUCCCGAAUGGACGUGCAGAGUUCAGGGGCAUCGUCUUACAGUAAUAGAAAGCCCAUUCUAAACAACAGUGCAAGAAAAAUCAAGGACAAUGCUGCAGACUGGCACAAUUUAAUUCUGAAGUGGGAUAAAUUUAAUGAUGAGGGCUUCACAGCUGCAAACAAAGCAGUAAACAUCAAAAUCAGCAAAGACGCACAAACCGUAGCGAAUGUUGAGCUGGACUGUGAUGGAUCAUCUGUCACUCAGAAGAGUUCGAACGUUUCUGAAACCAACCAGGAUUUGGAGGAAUGUUGUACUCAGUUACUGGAGAUCUUGGAAAAAAUGACUCGUAUUGUGACAAAAAUGGAAAAGCUUUCUUUAAGUAUAAAGGCAAUAUAUGAUUUAGAAAAAUUUCAGCAUGGAGAAACUGGAAGAAGCAUUCCUCUGUUCAACACCUGGCUUACUAAACAGUUUGAUGAGGUCUCAUCUAAACUAGUGGACCGAUACAGGCAAGAGCUCUCCUUGAAGAAAACUAUCUCUGAGGAAAUAGCACACACGUCUGACCAAGACCUGAUGAUGACAUACCUGUCUGCCUGGUUAUAUCAGCCUUAUGUGGAAGAGGAUACCAAACUACUACUAGAAAGCAUGUUGCUAGAGACUGGCCAUCGAACACUUUAGGAAGUGAAAUAAUGUCUGUUUCAACAGAAGGCCCAUACAACAGGGACAGUGAUACUUAUUGUUCACAGAAGGCACCAACAGCUAGAAACAAAUGACUCUUUGGUGACAAAAGACGACGUCGGUAACAGUCACUGGCCAAAACCAGCGCUCUCUGUUUGUACUCGAUUGUAUUUUCUGUAAUUCACCCUUGGAAACGCAGCACACAAACUGUUUGGAUUGGAAAACUGAGAAGAGAAAAUGCAAGUUUUAUUUCCUCUCAUAACCUUUGUGUUCAUGGCACCCAAUAGUGAGAAGACACACUUUUUGAAGACUAAUUCAUGUCUUUGCAUGCAAUAAGCCAACAUUACCUUCAUUUUAUUGCUGUUUUCAAAUCAGACUACAUUCCAAAAAGUGAUGCACUGCAAAUGUUAACAAUGAGGUCCUCAUUGAUUACUUAGAUUUCAACUCAUCUUAGACAGGUAGCGCAGCUUAGUUCACCUUCAUAAAAGAAUAAGCGUCUGUGAGUUCAUCCACUCGCUAUGUCUCUUUCAUCCAAAAAGAUGAAGCAACACAAACAUUUUCAGUAAUAAAAUGCAUAGCCUUUAUCAUUCCAACCGCUGACACACCACAAACUUUAAUAACUGCUUUUACAAAUCUCAUACCAAAUGGCAAAUAACAGAGACUUCAAACCAUAA